CUGCUUGGAAUUUUUCUUUUUCUUGCGCAUUUACUUUUUCAGUUUUUAUUCACUCACUUAAGCGGUGAAGUACCACAUCAUGCUAACAUUGGCGAAGAGAGACCGUCUGAUAUACUGCUUUCGGCUGAGUUCUUGAAAAAUCGUUAUUCGAUAUUUUUUGGGAUGAUCGCUGUUGGGAUGGCUAUUAUGAUAUGUAGCGUUUCGUUCGUUCUAAUCCGCGCAUUACUAAAAAAACUCAAAAGAAAGGCGGCAAAAAAAGAGGAGCCAGAAGAAAUGGAAGCUAUACCGAUGCAGAAACCAUCGAAGUCGAGGGAGCCAUCGACAUCGGCUGAGACGGCAACAAAGGAAAGUUCGCCGGUGAAAAAGCAGAGCUCUGGGGAAACUCCGGAAGAGACGUAUAAAAUUGAAGCCAGUUCGAUGCCGGUAUCAGAGACUUCGAAUGUGCCAUCGGUAACAGGAGAAGCAGCAGCAACAACGGCGACGGCGGCCACAAAAGAAAUGCCGGCUGUAAAAAUGCAGAGGAAGGAAGGAACUCCCGUUUGA